AUGUACGUGUUGAAGAUGGUGCCCACCUCGGACAAGAGCCGCUUCUACGCCUUCGGCCGCGUGUUCUCCAGCACUAUCGCCACCGGCCAGAAGGUGCGCAUUCAGGGCCCAUACUACAAGCCAGCCAGCAAGGAGGACCUGCGUGUGAAGAACAUGCAGCGAGCCGUGCUGAUGAUGGGCCGCGCCACUGAGCAGAUCCAGGGUGUACCAUACGGCAGCACGGAUGCCCGCGACGUCCAUGUCCGAUCCUCUGUCUACGGAGGAGAGUGGAGAGCACGUGAUCGCAGGCUGCGGCGAGCUAAGGAUUUGAAGGAUGAGUAUGCCCAGUGCGACUUCAUCCUGUCCGACCCCGUGUCGCCCAACAAGCACAACCGCAUCUACUUGCAAGCGGAGCCCAUGGACGAGGAGCUCAACAAGGCCAUCGAGGAUGGUGCUGCUGGUCCCAAACCCGGCCCCAAGGAGCGAGCAAAGUUUUUGAUGGAGAAGUUUGAGUGGGACAAGCAGGUUGCGCAGACCAAGAUUUGGUGCUAUGGCCCUGAGACCGAUGGUGCCAACCUCGUUGUGGACUCUACCGUGGGUGUGCAGUACCUCAUUGAGAUCAAGGAGCACGUGAACAGUGCGUUUCAGUGGGCCACAAAGGAAGGUCCUCUGUGUGAGGAGAACAUGCGAGGCAUUUGUUUGAUUGAGAUGAGUUGCAGGUUGCAGAAGGUGGAAGGCGCCGGAUCUAAGACAGGCCAAGACGUCAACAGCGCCCAGGCGUUUUUUCAGUGCGUCUGCGAUCACUUGGAGAACCCGCAGGGCAAGCCCUUGAAGAAAGGCAGCAAGAUGAAGGGGACUGGGCAUCCGCAAGCAGAAGAACUUCAACGUGGAGAUGGCAGGGCGACCUGUCACACGCGGAGUAUCGAGAUGCUAGGGGUGCUCCCUCCGCCGGAGAAAGGUUGGCAGAGGCAAGGAAAAUCGGCCGAUGGCAAGGCUGCGUGGCUGGCAAACAAGCUGGCGCCGGAUUGGAUCUUCAACAUGACCGAGGAGAAGUACUACCAUGCGCCGAGCAAGAGCUGGUGGGAGAAACGACCCCUCGCGUCCCAGGAUCCAAAGGCGCCACCCUAUACUUACGUGCGCACCGACGCCUUCCACCUGGAGGUGUCAGUGGAAGGCAAAUAUGUGGAUCCUGAGAACCUAGCCAAUGAAUUGGGCAGGGCCCGUGGGAUGGCAUGCCGCGCGGCUGCUGCCCCAAGCUGGCGAAGCUUCGAGCGCUGCGCGAUCCCCGCUGGGGACGACUUAGGAGAGCCUUUGCUGGUCACCUUGGCCGAGGCCAAGGACCACUGCGAAGCCCAGGAAUCAUGCGCGGCCUUCACCUUUGAAGGCGACGAUGUGCGUGGCCCGCUGUCGGGGAACCCUGUGUGGGUUCACUUCAAGACUGCCUUUGACUGCGUUGAUGCGCCUUGGGUUGCCUGGAGAAAGGUCCGGGGAGUCGAUUCGAGGGCUCCCGGGCCUCCUCCAGACUCAGAGGACUCAGAGGGCGACUCAGAGGGCUCCCGGGCACUCUCCCCUUUCACUGGGACUGGAACUGGUGUGGCACUCUGCUUGCUUGGGCAGGUGCGAAUGCUUUCCCACACGCACGUGGCCUUGGAGCAACACCUUCUGCAGGUCUUGCAGCCAGAUGUUUUCUUGUAUGGACCACGUGGUUCAGAGGAGGAGCCAGCCCCAGAACUGUACAGCCUGCGAGAUUAUGUUGUGGAAGAGAGGUGGGAAGUGGAGAGCAUCCGUGAUAACCUUUACGCGGACACGCACGACGCGAGCCGAGUAAUCGACUUGGAGUACGUGCAGGUGUGGGUUUCCCAAGAUGAUGGUCCUAGCUUCUCCAACUGCCAAGAAUCCAAGCCCUGGUUCUAUGCGGUGCAGGGAAAUUGGUUCGGCAGCCAGUGCUUAGAGCCGCCGCUGAGGGACAACCGGCCGGGCAGCGCGAUUUGCUGGUAUUACAGCCAACACAAGUGCCUGGAGAUGAUCCAGAAGAAGGAGAUGGAAAGAGGGCCCUACCAAUGGGUCGCUAUCUCGCGGUUUGAUUUCAGCUGGCUGGCACCCCAUCCGCCGCUGGAACUCUUGCGGUCUGACGUAGUGUGGAUUCCUUCUGGAAGCGAUUGGGAGGGUGGCAUCAACGACCGUCACGCCGUGAUGCCACGUAGGCAUGCCGACGCCUAUCUGAGCUCCUGGAAGCUCCUAACCUCCGGCCGCGCAAAGGACGUCAUGCUUGAGACGUUGGGGGCUAUGAAGGUCAGCGGCUACCCAGGCCCCAACACGGAGAACUUCCUCAAGGCACGGCUUCACUUCUUCGAGGUGGACUACGAGCGCUUCCCGAAUGUGGCCUAUCUCACGUGCUCACAUCGUUCCAAGAGUCGCUGGACUCAGUGCUUUGGGACGGCUUCUAACGAUGCUCCUGGUUGGCUGUACAAGGAAGAGAUGGAGCAUGCCACGCGCAUCGCGCAGUGCGUGCGCUCUUCCUGGAACAAGAGAAAGAUGGAGGACUGUGCGGAGGAUAUUUCGCAUUUGUACCGAGGAUUUCGCUGA